AUGUGCAUACCUUUUUAAUCGAUUCCACCACCUACUGAAGGAACGAAAAAAGCAGUUUAGAUGUUAUAAAUUUUAGGAGUAAGUUAAUUUGUGGUUGGCUUGAUUAAAUUGUUCGUCUUGUAAUAAAUGGCAGGAUUUUAUGAUUUCUUUACUAUAUUCAUACUGUAUAUGGCAUGGGCAUAAUUGAAUUAUUGCAAUUGUGUGAUUGCUGUGUUUUACUUCUUAUAAAAUGUAUUUAAAUUCUAUAUAUCUAGUUAUUGAUGAUUUUUAUAUUUUUUGGUAUGAAUGUUGAAUUGAGCAUUUCAUUCUUUUAACCAACAAGAUUAGGAGUAACAUAUUUUAUCCUCUUUUUCUAUUACAUUGGUGCUUGUUAUGUUGCAUUUUUGGCAUACAAAGAAUUCAAAAUCCUACAAUACGAUUAGAUGGGAGGGUUGAUCCAAACAGAUCAAUAGAAUGAUUGGGCAUAAAAUAAUAAUCAAUAAUAGUAACAAUACUAAUAGCAACCAUACUACAAUUAAGCAGCAGCUCAACCUUAACAAUAAGCAUAGAGAGGAUAGUUUCAAGCCUUUACAGGGAGAGGAGUCCAAAUAGGUUGAAACAUAUAGUUGCAAUACAUAAAUAGC